AUGCUUGGGGGCGACAGGCACUCUUACGACGAGGGCGCAGACGAGCACGACACCGCCUCCGAGGACGAAGUGAGCAAAGCCAAGAUCAUCUUUCCCCUGGGUACGGCAGGCAUUACCAUUGACGACUUCCUCGCGGCCUUUGACGCCGGUCGCUUCAACAAUCAAGGCUACAUUGGCAUAUAUAUGGAGAUCAGCCAAUCCGGAAACCGGGAUGUGCUGCAUGCAAGUGCUGCCAUAAAACUGCAAGGGGAUUUUUGUGCAGGGAUAAGGUGUCUGCGCGAGGUCUAUCAUAAUGCGCCAGAGCACAAGGCCAAUGUGAAAAACGUUUUGAGGAAUCUGGGACGGGAAUCUACCAAAGAAGCAUUUGAAGACUAUUUGAAGACAUUGAAAAUUCGCAAGGCCGUCGCUGACGUGGCUUUGGAAGAUUUCUGUGAGCUGUUGUUUGCGGUUACGACGUUUUUUGUGGGCGCGUUGGGCGCUGGGAAAGUUAUGUCGACGGUGUUUGCGGGACUCGGGUUGACGUACUCGUUGACGUUAGCGGCGAAUGUGUAUCUGUACAUGUGGUCGUUUGUUAGUUUGGAGCCCAGCACCGGCGCCAUCGAAUUCAGCAAUGUCGAGGUAUCUUACGCCUCUCGGCCCACACCAGCCCUGGAGAACCUAUCGCUGCACGUUCCAGGCGGCCGGCACAUCGGUAUUGUCGGCCGAACGGGGUCCGGGAAAUCGACUCUUGUAUCGGUGCGCAAGACGGUUGUGGUUAUUGCCCAGGAACCCGUGUUGUUUGCGGGGACCCUGCGGGAUAACCUUGACGCGCGCGGGGAAUUUGACGAUGCGCAGCUGUGGCGUGCUCUGGAGGAUUGUGGGAUCAAGCAGUUGUUUGGGGACCAGAUGGCGAGCUUGAACACGAAGGUUGAGGCGCAGGUGCGAAUUUCAGUGUGGGGCAGCGUCAGCUCAUCUGUGUUGCCGAGGCUCUUCUCGCAAAGCCCAAUUCUGGUCGUAGAUGAAUCAACGGCCGCCCUCGACCCCAGCAUCGAGCAACGUCUCCGCACCCUCCUCGACAGCGGGCUCCCGCCUACCACAACAAUCAUCUCCAUCGCGCACCGCAUCGAAGCACUGCCGAGCAUGCACCGCGUUAUUGUGCUCGCGAAUAGCGCGGUUGUGGAGGACGGGACCCCGUUCAGGCUGUUGAGCGACCCUGACUCCGCGUUUUAUGGCCUGGCGGUGGAGGCGGCGAGGGGUGAGGCGGGUUUGGACGUAUUUAGAGUUGAUGCGUUUGGACGGCCUGUUUGA